GCGACCCGAGCUGACAAGAUGGCGAUCAUUUCAGCAGCACUAGAGUAACUGAAGACGACACAACCAUGCCCUGGAACCGUCCCAUUUCUCUGCGUACCAAGGUGAUGUGAAGUCGGCGUGAAACAUUGGCGCAUACGCUCAGCCUUACACUCUCUCACUCAGUCAGCUGUUGACUGACACGGCCUGCCAGCUCGACCGGCAGGCUCGUGUAAUGGACAGGUGUAAGCAUGUGGGGCGGCUGCGGCUGGCCCCUGAUCAUUCCAUCCUCAACCCCCAGAAAUGGCACUGCGUCGACUGUAACACCACUGAGUCUGUUUGGGCCUGUCUGAGCUGCGCGCAUGUAGCGUGUGGCCGCUACAUUGAGGAGCAUGCGCUACAGCACUUCCAACAACAGCACCACCCGUUGGCGAUGGAGGUUAAUGAGCUCUAUGUUUUUUGUUACUUGUGUGAUGACUAUGUGCUGAAUGAUAAUGCCACGGGAGACCUAAAGCUGCUACGCAGUACGCUCAGUGCAAUCCAAAGCCAGCGCUAUGAAGUUACUACCCGCAGCGGGCGCACCCUUCGCUCUGCUAGUGUUGCGCCAGAUGCCCUUACGUUAUGUGGUGCGUACGAGCUGCAGCUGAAGGAUGAAGACCGAAUGUUUACCGCCCUUUGGCAUCGCCGCAGGGCACUCAUGGGACGUAUUUUUCGUCUUUGGUUUGGCCUGACUGAAUGUGGAAAGAGGAGAGAAGAAGAAGAAAGAAAGAGGGAGGAGGAAGAGGAACAGAAAAGGGAGGCCAGGGAGAGAAGGCGUGCUCUGAAGAGGCAGCUACAGGAGGAGCUGGACAGUGCUCCCCUCAGAAAGAGUCGUCGCUUGCGACGGAAGAGCCAGAGAGUUGCUGUUGUAGUAAUCGCAGCACCAGCCUCUCAAAAGACUCUCAAAAAGACUAAAGCUCGUGUCUCCUCAUCUCAGACUCACAAGCCACGGACUCGAAUUCCUGCCAAGAAAGCCAGACAAACAAAAAAGGCCCGACCUGCUCCCAAACCCCAGAGACGAUCCGCUAACACCAAAUCAAAGCCCAAAACACCUCCGGCAAGCUCUCGCACUGCCAAACCCCCUGCCUGUCGCAAGCAGAGUGACAAACAGAGUGGCUCACCUUUCAAACGACGUCCUACGGUCACUCCUGGUGUGACAGGCUUAAGGAAUUUAGGAAACACCUGUUAUAUGAACUCCAUCCUGCAGGUGCUGAGUCACCUGCACGUUUUUAGGGAGUGCUUUCUGCGUCUGGACCUGGCCCAGGCGCUGGAGCUUCUGGCUUCUGCCGUACAGGGCCAACUAGCAGGAAAGGCCUCAUUGCAGACCUCCCUGUCCCAAAGAAAAGGACUCCAGACCAACUCAGGCUCUGGUGUAGGGCUGAGUGGUGGGGCCUCAAGGGCCCGCAGCAUGGAGUUGAUACAACCCAAAGAGCCAAGCUCGAAGCACAUAUCUCUCUGCCACGAGCUUCACACUUUGUUUCAGGUUAUGUGGUCUGGCAAGUGGGCACUGGUAUCGCCAUUUGCCAUGCUGCACUCGGUGUGGCAGCUGAUUCCUGCGUUCAGGGGCUACGCUCAGCAGGACGCUCAGGAGUUCCUGUGCGAGCUGCUGGAUAAGGUGCAGCAUGAGCUGGAGAGCACAGGCAAGCACACAACCACCAGCGGAGUCCAACAGACACAGAGACGGCUCAUCAAGCAGGUUCUCAGUGUGGUCAACACCAUCUUUCACGGUCAGCUUCUCAGCCAGGUGACAUGCCUGGCUUGCAACCACCGCUCCAACACUGUGGAGCCUUUCUGGGACCUGUCUCUGGAGUUCCCCGAGCGGUAUCACAGUAAUAGCAGGGAGUCAGCUGCUCAAGCUUCAUGCCAUUUGACGGAGAUGCUGGCCAAGUUUACAGAAACUGAAGCACUGGAAGGAAAUAUCUACGCCUGUGAUCAUUGUAACUCUGCCAGACGCAGGACCUCCUCCAAACCCGUCAUCCUGACUGAAGCUCAGAAGCAGCUGAUGGUCUACAAACUGCCUCAAGUCCUCAGGCUCCACCUUAAACGUUUCAGGUGGUCUGGGCGGAACCACCGGGAGAAGAUCGGAGUCCACGUCAGCUUCGACCAGCUUCUCAACAUGGAACCCUACUGCUGCAGAGAAUCUUCACCCAAAAGCGUUCCCUGCUCCACUCCCAGCAGCCCUAGCUCCGCAGGCUCGUCACGUCCAAAGCACUUCCUCUAUGAGCUCUCUGCUGUGGUGAUGCAUCAUGGGAAGGGCUUUGGCUCUGGCCAUUAUACUGCUUACUGCUACAACACAGAAGGAGGAUUCUGGGUUCACUGUAAUGACUCGAAGCUGAACGUGUGUUCAGUGGACGAGGUCUGCCGAGCUCAGGCCUACAUCCUCUUCUACACGCAGCGAGUAACUCAGGACAAAGACCGGCCCCUAUAGGACCACAGUCCCCUGGAGCCCCCCUCCUUCACCUUUGCUGCAUCCUCACCACUCAACCAGACAACAUCAGCACAGCUCAACAUAACACUUUAUUUUUUAACCGGGGAUGAUGAGAUUUUUGAGUCCGUUUUUGUAAAAUUUAAAAAAAAAAAGAGAAAGAUCUUUGUAAAAUCUGAACUUCUUGUACAUGAUGUUUAUAUAUGUAGGUAUUUUAAAAGGAAAUGUUGACGUGAUCGAUGUACAUAUGUAUUUUAUAAAGAGAGUAUCAGCCAAGAUGUGUCUCAGUAGCAGCCGAGGGACUCUGGCCAGGCGUUCAGCCGUCUGCCCAUCUGUGUCCGCCUGUUAGAUUGUAAAUGCUGUUUGUUUAAA